AAAAUGUUGGAAUUUGUGACUGACUAUGGUGUUGACCCUUGUGUGGCUGGAGAGUUAUAUAUGGUGACUAGUCCAAAGAAUUCUGUGUUCACAGUGAACAUACUUGCCAAGACUUGCUCUUGUUUGCAGUGGCAGUUGAGGGGGUUCCCCUGUAUGCAUGCAGUGAGUGCAUUGCAUAGCAUAAGGCCACAAUGGAGAAAGUACUGCAGUGAUUACUAUUCAGUGGAGAACUAUAAGGCCACAUAUGCACCAACUUUUGCACCACUAGAUGAUAAAAGUGAAUGGGUCCAGCAAUGAAGACUUCAUCUGAGACCCAUUUAAAACCGUCACAAUCUGUACAAGUGAGUGGGCAGUUUUUGAAGCAAUGACCAGAUUCUCCGCAAGCGUAACAACCAUUCUCUACUGGUAAUUUCACCAUCUUGCAUUUGACAGGAUCGAUGGCAUCGUCAAACCAUUCAAAGUACUGACAGGUUGGAAUUGAACACUUCAAAAACAUUUUUUCGUUUGUUUCUUUUGCUUU